CAUUUACUAAUACACAAUUUCUCACUUUCAGGGCAUUUGUCCGACUCAACCUAAAACUGCUAUUAUAAGCUGAAUGUGCCUUCAAUUUAGCUAAGUAUCAUUGGUAGGUCUUUGUAAACAUCCGUUUUCAUUGGUAUUUUUUUGCAUGGAUUCUUGUGUUACUGCACUGUAUUAUAUUGAGUAAAUGUACUGCUCAAGUUACAAAAUCUGAUAAUAUUAUUGAUUGGGAUUGUUAACCGUUUUUUAAUCGAAGCUUGAGCGAAAUGUUGAUACAAUUAGAAUCUAUUACAAACAAGCCUAUAAAACGAGUUUUAGAGCACAUUUUUUACCUUUUAUUAAUAUUAAUCUUGAUCCCAGUAUUUGUCUAUUUUGAAUUGUGCAUUGUAUUACCAGCUGUUGAAAAAGAUACGUCAAAGCAUGUAAUUCAUCUGUGUAUAGCAUUUUUUCUGUUACUUAAUAUUGUAGGCAAUAUGAUAUAUGGAAUGUUAACUGAUAGUAGUAUUAAAGGAAAAAUGUUAGAUAGUAAACAAACAUCAGACUGGAGCUUGUGUGCCGUGUGCGAGUGUCUGCGACCGCCUCGCGCGUGGCACUGUAACAUUUGUAACAUAUGCAUAUUAAAAAGAGAUCAUCACUGCACCUACCUUACUUCUUGUGUUGGAUAUUUUAACUAUAGAUAUUUUAUACUUUUAACUCUUUACAUAUUCAUCGCUAUGGUGUAUGCAUUUUACUAUAAUCUUAAGUUUUUGGCUACUUUUAUAUCAUGGAACCAUGGACUGGCAAUCAUUCGAUUCAUUUUUCCACUAGCAAAUUUUGUAGUAGAUGCUAGCUCUGAAAGUUUGUAUAUUUUUAUAGUUGUCAUUAAUUUCAUAGUAGCCAUGUUUACAGGAUUUUUAGCUUACUAUCAUUUUAGUAAUGUCUUUAAAGGUCAAACUACACCAGAGAGAAAAUAUGAUGAGUGUAAUUACAAUAAAGGAUGGAGAAGGAAUUUAAUAGAAGUAUUUGGUGUAAGAUGGUACUUGACAUGGAUUUCGCCAUUUAUUCAGAGCCCAUUGCCAGGUGAUGGCAUACAAUGGCUUGAUGAAGAUAAAUACAAAUAAAUGUAUAGUGUUGAUGAC